AUGUCUCUUGAACACUCCAAACGCAAACGUGCUAAUAUAAAACGCAAUAUAUCACGCAUUAAAUCUAUAGUUGAGGGAUCAAAAGACUUUGAUGAAAAGCCUUCACAUGCGGAGUUGCAAUGCCGACUGGGAAUACUAGAGUCAUACUUUAAACAAGCACUCUCAGUUCAAGCUGACAUUGAAGAUUUGGAUCCAUCAGACACAGGUCGCGCAGAUUUAGAGGAUAGCUAUGUCACAGCCAAACUUUGCAUUCAAGCACAACUUGGGGACGAAGGAAACGUUACAAUUAAUUACCCCGAGACAACAGCUCCAACACCUGUUUCCACGCCAUCAUUCUUGCCAAGGUUGUCGCUGCCUAUUUUCAGCGGGAAUUAUGCAGAAUACAAAAACUUUAUUGCAUCUUUUACUCAACUUGUCGCUCGGGAACCUAGACUUUCCAAUAUAGAACGAUUUAAUUAUUUGUUGUCGUGUCUUAAAGGUUCAGCCCUGGAAACCGUAAGAGCCUUCCAGGUAACCAGCGAAAACUACCCGAAAGCUUUAGAUAGACUCAGGGAACGCUUCGAUAAUCCCACUCUGAUUUUUUUGGAAGGAAUUACCUCCUUAUUUACGCUGCAAACAGCCGAUAAAUCAAACUAUCAACAAUUGCGUAGUUUGAUUGACAAGGCAUCAGCUAUAUUCAGUUCGUUAGAAUCGUUGGGCACGAGCUCCAACAUCGCACAAGCAAUGCUGAUUUACAUUGUCAUUGGAAAAUGUGAUCAGCAAACUCGCAACAAAUGGAAUGAAUCGCUAGACUACAAAUCGCUUCCAACUUGGAUAUAA